GUGCUUGAUUCUGCUUCACUCGAUUCUUGAGACGCUGCAAGCUGUGCCGCAGUUGUCGCCCGUACGUGCAUGCUUGGGGCAAAGCAGGAGUGCCGUUGUCCGCCAUUCAAGCUGGCAAGGGGACUCGUGCUUGUGUUGCAGCAUUGCUUUUGAAAGGGUUUCUUGAUGUUGACUACUCGAUCACAGGUCCCUGAAAAGUUCAUUGAUGCACGUUCCGUAAUUAGGUGUCCUUUGUAGUUAGCCCUAGGUUUUGGUUUCUUGGCUUUCUUUCUUCUUUCGAGUGGCCCGAUCAACGGGGGAACGCCUGUUCCGCAGUCACGCCCAGUAUGCAGCAGAGCGAAUCAGCAGACAGUCACCAUGUCGAAGCCAUGUUUGCAGACGGGAGCCCCACAUCCUCUGCAACCUCUUUCCCAGCACUCAGUCGCGUAGUUGGGCCCCCUAUGCUGCCAGGCUCUGCAGCUUUGCCCGCCACGGACUACUUGAAGUGCGACGUCUGUCAGGAAGCUCGUGCAAUCCUGUUCUGCCCCCGAGACCGCUCGUGCUUCUGUCAGCAGUGCGACUUUGCCGCUCACGCAGGGGCUCAGUCCACAGCCUGCCACGAGCGAUACGCGUUAGCUCAGACAAAAAUCACCCGCAUGCCCCUUGAGAAGCCAGCUAGCAUGCCUGUAGCGGCGUCCCUUCCCCAGCGGGUCCCCCCAGGGUGCACUCCGUCUGAUGAGGAGGCAUUCCUGGUUGAUGACUUGCUGGACCUUAGUGAGGCCAAGGGGGAGAGCAGAGUAGACAGCGCUUUCUCCCCAAGCCAGGAACAGCAAGGGCAGGUAGAACAGCAGAGGGAGCCUGAGAGGGAGCCCCCCUCAGCAUCAGGGGCAACUUCAUGGGACUCUGAGGAGGUUGGGGAGGUGGGGGAUCUGUGCGACUUACCGUGCGACGACCUUGCCGAGCUCGAUUGGCUGUCCACGUUUGUGGAGAACUCCUACUCCAGCCCUGACGGUGUGCCGCUCUCGGCGCCUGAUGGCGGGGGGGGCCUCGCUCAGGGGGCAGAGCACCCCCUCAAGGGCGUCGGCAUGCGCAGCAAGCGGCAGCGGGCCAACCCAAGUCGCACCUGGUCCGCUGAACUGCUCAUUCCUCGAGAUGACGACCUACCGAAACGCCCCAAGUUCAAUCGCAGCUGGAGCACCAGUAACCUCGCUCGCCCCUCCAAACCCUUCCAUCGGUCGGCCAUCCCCGAGGCUGCCAGCUGCUCUGACCUCUCUGCCCUCGAGAGGGCCUGCACUCAGUCCCAGGUCGGAAUUGAGUGCGAGCCGGCCCCCCCUGAACCCCCUGCUGGCAUUGCUGGUGCCAAUUUCGAGCAGUUGCCCCACCCGCUGAGGCGGUGCCUCCACUGCGCCUCCACAAAGACCCCCCAGUGGCGGGCUGGCCCAAUGGGUGUCAAGACGCUCUGCAAUGCGUGCGGCGUCCGGUACAAAUCAGGGCGGUUGGUGGCUGACUACCGGCCAGCGGGUUCGCCUGGAUUUGCGGAGGGGAAUGGGAACAAGCCCAACUAUGGGGGAAAGGGGGCCCCGCCCUGCCCGCCGAUUGCGAGGAAGAAGCUUCUGAUUCCCAAGGCUGCACGCAGGAUGGUGCCUAAGCCGAAGCGAGAGUUUGGAGUCGAAGAGUUGUCGGGGUAUUCGUGCGACGAAAUGGAGAUGUAGGUCCCGGAGUUUCCCUGUGUGUUUGUGUGUCGUGUUAGUGUUCUUGGUAGUGUGCCCUUUAGGGGUGUAGACAUUAUUCUUUGUCGCGGGUGGGAGGGGAGCAAGUACGGGGCCUGUAGCUGCAGGCUGCUCCAUGGACCAAGUUGAGGCGACCCCACUGACCGAUCUGCGCCGCUGUGAUCUGCGCAUCUAGAGUAGUGUAGCCUUUGCUUCGUGCACAUUGCACGCGGGCAGGGGCAGAAUUUGCGUAGUUUGCGCGAUCGGUAGCCUCACUGUGACUGUCCAUGUAGUAGUAGGUCAAACAUCUGACUGCAACAGAGCCCCUGUGUAAGGCUCAAAGUGUUCUGGAGGUUGGGGAGGUAAUGUACUUGACACAAACGUGUGACUGUAUUUAGGUCGUUGUUGGGUCUCGGCUUGAGAAGCCUUGCAUGAUUGAACAGUCCUCCUCAACCCUCUUGUUGGUUGGUUGCAUAUAAACCAAUGUGAAGCUGAAUAUGCUCGCGU